UCACGCUCGCGUCAAUCCCGCUGCGCUAUACUUCUGUAGGCUGGCAAGCUUCCCUUCAAUAUUAUUUCUGGGGGAGCAGGGUAAAAGUACUUAAAAAAAAAAAAAAAAAUGUUGCCGAUCCACAACACCGGGACCGACUGAAUGGAGGCAACAUUGUCACCGAGCGGAGAUAAUAAAUCCGUCUACAGUGCACCGCGACACACACCGAGCGGCUUGUUGACUUCUCCGUGACCGUCCAGCCCUCGGCGUCCCCAUGCCUCCAUCUCCUCUUGACGACAGAAUUGUGGUGGCGCUGCCAAGGCCGAUCCGACCUCAGGAACUCCAACUGCGCCUGGACACCAGCUACCUGGACUCCAUCGCCACCAACAGCAGCAACAAGACAGUCAUCAGCACCACCGUGGUGAAGAUCCGGGCGACGGCCAAUCUUGUAACGUAUAUGCCCUCAUCCAAGGGCUCCACGCGCUCGUUGUCGUGUGGAUGCAGCAGUGCCAGCUGCUGCUCAGUGACUACCUAUGAGAAAGACAGCCAGAGCCUCAACCACAGCCAGGUGAGUGCCAGCAGCCCCAACCUCAGCUAUGCCGGGCCCACCACCCCUAUGGUCAGCAACCAUGAAGCAUUAAGCGCCCCGAGUCUCGCCCCGGGCACCCCGAAGGCCCUGUCAUGCGUGAGGGUCAUCCACCCCAACGAGCUGGCCAAACGGAUGACCUGCUGCCCCAUGGGACACCCCGUGGGGCCCAUGCCGGUCAUCAUCGACUGCCGGCCCUUCAUGGAGUACAACAAGAGCCACAUCCGGGGGGCCGUGCACAUCAACUGCUCCGACAAGAUCAGCCGGCGGCGGCUGCAGCAGGGCAAGAUCACUGUGCUGGACCUCAUCUCCUGCCGCCAGGGCAAGGACUCUUAUAAGGGCAUCUUCUCCAAAGAGAUUGUGGUUUACGAUGAGAGCACCAUGGACCCCAGCCGGCUGACGUUCUCCCAGCCACUGCAUGUGGUCCUGGAGUCCCUGAGGAGGGAGGGCAAGGACCCCAUCAUCCUCAAAGGAGGCCUUAGCUGCUUCAGGCAGAGCCAUGAGAACCUGUGCGAGCACUCGUUGCACCUUCACGAGGGCUUGGACACCGGUGCUGCUGCUGGCCUGACCGGGUCGCUACCUCACUCCCUGCCCUCCACCCCGGACAUAGAGAACGCAGAGCUGACACCCAUCCUGCCCUUCCUCUACCUGGGGAACGAGCACGACGCUCAGGACAUCCACCUGCUGCAGCGCUUCAACAUCGGCUUCAUCCUAAACGUGACCACCCACCUGCCGCUCUUCCACUACGACAGCGGCUUCUUUGUCUACAAGCGUCUGCCCGCCACGGACAGCAACAAGCAGAACCUGCGGCAGUACUUUGAGGAGGCGUUUGAAUUCAUCGGUAUGAAAACUUCCACUGUUUUCACUGCACAAGUAGGAAGCACAUCAAGCAGGUAUGGGCCUUCUGAUCCACUGCCAGGCAGGCGUGUCCCGUUCAGCCACCAUCGUGAUAGCCUAUCUGAUGAAGCACACCUGGAUGACCAUGACAGACGCCUACAAGUUCGUCAAAACCAGGAGGCCCAUCAUCUCCCCGAACCUCAACUUCAUGGGCCAGCUGUUGGAGUUCGAGGAGGACCUCAACAAUGGAAUAACGCCACGAAUCCUCACACCAAAGCUGAUCGGUGUGGAAACUGUUGUCUGAACGAACCCUCUGGACUAGACGCUCAAAGUUGUACUCACUCCCACCAUUUUCUCAUGAGAGGCCGGCUGCUCUGUGAGCAGGGUCGGAGUGUGAGAGCCACUGUGUUCUUCAUGAAUCUGCUCACGCUCAUCUUGGACUCUCUGGAGUGCCAAAGCUCUGGGUCAGUGGUGAUGAGAAAUGCCAAAAAUCCCUACUGCUUGGACCUCGCCGAAGUCCCGGAGGAGAAGACAGUCAGCGGGAAGCUUUCCAUUUGUGAUUGAGAGGAGCAAACAUGAGGGAAAAGCAAAUUGGUUUGGAAAAGAUAUUCUAUGUGCUUAGGAGCAAUUACUGACAAGAGAAACUCUUAACGCUCAAACUGUGGCACACAGUUUCUGUUUGCAGACUCAGGCGGGGUUGGCCACGGCAGUGCCUGUCAAAAAAGAAAAGAAAAAAAUAAACAAAAAGAUGAAGACUUGUUUGGUGUGUUAAUGUUGUUGUUCUAUUUUCAUACAGGGGUUUAUGGGGGUGACCAUGACGAGCCUACAGUGGCUUACUGUGCAAUAAUUUCAGAGUGGAAUGCAACUGAGACCUUGUUCUUAUGUGUAUAUAAUGAUAAUGUUGAAAUGAUUACGAAACAUUUCCAGCUCUUUGCUGAAAUACCAUUUUGAUGUUAAUGUACUUACUGUUGUUCAGUUCUAUAUGUUCAUGGUGCGUACAGUUACGCUGUAAUAUUUGGUGCAGACAUGUACAAGAGAAGAAAAAAAAAGGGGGUUUAUUUUUGAGUGCAGCUUGCGGGUUUAUGUAAGUCAUCAGAACCACAAAUUCAAAUUUCGUGUGUUUGCUUCAGUAUCUUCAUUUUGCCA